AUGUCUAAGCCAACGAAGAGAGACCGAGAACGAGAGGAGGCGGCUAACAUUAGCGCAUUUACCACGGUGCUAACUGAUAAGCUAGCCGAGACAAAAGCGGAGUUACUGGCGGAGAUUAAAGACACUUAUUCCAAAUACGAGACGAAGCUGAACGCUGUCCAGGCCACUGUUGACGACCAUGCCACACGCAUUUCUGGUUUGGAACGGUCUGCAGACGAUACUACCACUGAUGUUACGGAUGUCCAGGCUAAGCUAUCUGAGCUGGUCGGUGACAAUGCUAAGCUCAAGGCUAAAGUAAUGGAUCUUGAAAGCAGGAGUCGUCGUAACAACAUCAGAAUCGUCGGGCUACCGGAGGAUGUUGAGGGCGUCAAGCCAACAACCUUUUUCUCCCAACUACUUGUUGAUGUGCUUGGUGCUGAUACUCUUCCGUCACCCCCGAGGCUGGAUAGGGCGCAUCGCACGCUAGCUGCUAAGCCAGGGCCCCAGGGUCGACCACGGGCUGUCGUGAUAUGCUUCCACCACUUCGAAACGCGGGAGCUGGUUGUGCGAGCGUCCCGGAAACUACGAGGCAAGCUAAAGUAUAAGGACUCUGCCAUCCACAUAUUUGAGGAUUGUAUUCCGGAGGUUAUGGAGCAACGCAACCGGUACAGAGACGUCAUGAAGUCACUCUACGAGCUGGGAUGCAGACCUGCUUUGAGAUGUGCGAGAGCCGCCGAGCGUCUCAUCCGGGAUGUCACCGCCCGCCAGACUGGGGGAGGGGGGGAGGAGGAGGAGGGGGAGGAGGGAGGAGGAGGGGGAGGGGGGGAGGAGGGAGGAGGAGGGGGGGGGGGGUCUGGUGUGGUUAUAGGGCGUGUUAACGGGGUGCGCCUCCCUCUGCACCUCCCUCUGUGCCUCUCUCUGCACCUCCCUCUGCACAUCCCUCUGCGCCUCCCCCUGAACCUCCCACUGCACCAACCUCUGUGCUCCCUCUGCACAUCCCUCAGGACCUCCCUCUGCACCAACCUCAGUGCUCACCUCUGCACGUCCAUCUGCUCCUCCAUCUGCACCUCCCUCUGCUCCCUCGCCUCCCUCUGCUCCUCCCUCUGCUCCUCCCUCUGCACCAACCUCUGUACUCCCACUGCGCCUCCCUCUUCUCCUCCCUCUGCACCAACUUCAGUGCUCACCUCUGCACCUCCAUCUGCUCCUCCAUCUGCACCUCCCUCUGUGCUCCUUCUGCACCUCUCUCUGCGCCUCCCUCUGCUCCUCCCUCUCCUCCCUCUGCUCCUCCCUCUGCACCUCCCUCUGCACCAACCUCUGUACUCCCUCUGCUCCUCCCUCUGCGCCUCCCUCUGCACCUCCCUCUGUGCUCCCUCUGCACCUCUCUCUGCGCCUCCCUCUGUGCCUCCCUCUGUAUGGAUUGCUGCUGCGCUCGUAAACAGAAUGUCACGGCAGCACCUACAGACCUACAAAACAUCAAAACAACAGGAUCUCAUGCAAGAGUGA